AUGGCUCUUUCUAGCUUCACAUGGCCCACUGCGUUACCACAAUUGAACAAUCCCGCAGCUUCAUACAUUCACUCUGGUGCUGGUAGAUCUCAGCCAUCCACGACUGCUGGCUCAGCUCUUGUCUCCACCACACAGUUGCCUAUGGUUUCUGUUACGAAAAAUCCAGGUGAAUCUACUUCUUCCCCCCUGGUUCCAGUGACUGACACCUCCACCUCUGUCUCCCAAUCCACUGAAUCCGCGGCCCAAACUACACACAUCAAACUCACGCUCACUACAACCUUAACCAAUCCCCCCCUCCCAGAUAUCACGCCUGGGGCUCCUUCAAUCGCAGCAGCAGCUGCCCAAGCACAAUCAAACACCCCCAAAGCCACCCCCCUCGCCGCCCCAACCCUCUCCCCAAACACACCCUUCCAACUCGCCGACCCCCCACACCUCACCACCCCGCCCCAAGCCAGCCCAAACAACAACAACGCCGCCACCAUCGCAGGCAGCACCAUCGGUGCUAUCCUCGGUAUAGGCCUCCUCCUCUUCCUAGUCCACUGCGUGAAGAAACGCUCCGCGCAACCGGAUGUCGAGCGUGCGCCUGUUGCGAGCCAGCGCAUUCGAUCUUCGCGUUCGCGGCAUGGUAAGGCGGACGCGGCCGUGAUUCGGCAUACGGAUGAGCGUUCGGCUGGUCGGCAGACUGCUGGUUAUGCUGCAAGCCGUGAUGGUGCUGGGGAUCAUGAUUUAAGCCGUAAUAUCGCUGGUGACUACGGUUCAAACCCCAAUGUCGCUGCAAAGCCGGGCCAUGGCCAAAACCGUCAUACAAAUAUCAUUACUACCACCACCACUCGCACUCCCACCCGCCCUGCGCCCUCCAUCCAGCGCCCUACAACCCCCCAACGCAACUCGAGCGGUAUCGAGCCAGCAGCCCUCGCAGAAGCAAUGGGCUGGCUGGGCGGUGGCCAUGGCUCAGAUAUUGACCCAUCAGAUCUAGCCUGCGCAAUGGGCUGGCAGGAUGGCAUCGAUGGUGCUGGUGCCGUAGAAUCCAGCCUUGAAUUCGGCAAUCUGACUCCCACGCCUGCAGCUGCGGGUGCGAAUGCGGGUAUGAAUGCAUCUCUAUCUGCAAUCUUACCAGCGCAGUCCCUGGAGUUUGGAUACCUGACUCCUACGCCUGUGGAUAUGGACGCGGGUGCGGGUGCGGGUGAUUACGUAUUUGGACCCGUGUCUGCGACUCUACCGGUACAGUAUCGCGCUCAGGUUCAGCGUCAGGCUCGGUAUGAGACUCCAUUCCAGGCUCAGCUUCAGCGUGGUAGUAUUGUUAUCGCUUCACCGCAUUCAGCGCCCUCUCGUCCUGCUAAUACGCCUGUGAAUUUCUCACGCCCGAACAAUAUUACACAAGUUAAUGUCUCACAGCCUCCUACUCCUACGACUACACCCGCUCCUGUGCCGGUACAGUGUCCUUUUGGCGUUCAGCAGCGUAGCUGUAGUUUUUCGCCGCUGACUUCGGCUGGGGAGUUUCCGCUUGAGUAUCGUGUGGACGAGGAGUAUGAUGUUUCGCCGGUGCUGGGUCCGAUGGAGCAGGGUGGUUGGUAG